AUGACCAUCCAUCCCCUCAAACAAGUUGACCAUGAUGCGGUUGCUGGUGACGACCCCACUUUCCCUGCGGCUCUUGGAAAGGACGACCAACUGCUCAGGUCCCUGGACAUCUCCAAGUCCAAGCCCAAGCGCUUGCCUACCCUUCCUAAAAUCUCACUUGGUGUGUUCCUGAAAAACUUUCCCAAGUCAGCCAUCAAGUCCAAGCAGCCUCGCCCCCAGCAGCGCAUCACUUCCACUGCGGCUCUUGGAAAGAACGACCAACUGCUCGGGUCUUUGGACGUUUCCAAGUCCACGUCCAACCCCAUGCCUACUCUUCCUAGUGUCUCACUUAGUGUGUUCCUGAAAAACGUUCCCAGAUCAGGCAUCAAGACCAAGCUGCCUCGCCCUCAACAGCGCAUCGAGAGGACAGACCAAUUGGUCUAUUGCAACUCCUUGCUGCUCCAGGAGUCACUUGCCUUGCCGUCGUCCGAGCAGGAACCUACUCUUGACAAGGAUGAGCUGGCCUGGCUGACAGAGAUCAAGAAUGACCCUAUGGAGCAAGAUCGUUUGCAAUGGCUUGCAACUCGUAUGGUAGAGGCGUUCAUCCAGGAGGGCAUAAAGGACUCCAUCGAAAUCGCCGAGAUUGUCGCUCUAGGACCUAUCCUGGAGAAGGAGUCCUACCGCAAGCUGUUGUCUUCCUUAAUCACAGGGUUUGAGGAAUCUCCACUCAUGGAUACAAACCUGCUCCAAGGGCUUGUCCAGUUGGUUCAAUCCUCCUCUCCAGGUCACCUUGUCUCCGAUGACCUGAUCAAAAUCCUCAGCAUUCUCAGGAUCCGAUUGCAAGGCACCCACCAACAGUCAACUGAGCACCCCUACUACCUCACCUUGGCAAUCUCCAGAGUCCUUGAUGUCAUGGCUGACCACAAGAUCCAGGAUCUGGACAGAGUUCUUGAGCACGAGCCUCUGUCUGGGGUCUUGUCAGGGUUGAAGGGCAGCACCGAUCCUUACCUCAUGUACCAAGCCUGUUAUGCCUUCCAGGCCCUGCAGUAUGUGCCCAACAAUGAGACUGUUUUGCAGGCAGUCUUGCGUCAUUCGCAAGGUGUGGUGGAUGGCGUGGUUAAGAUUACGGCACUGGGCAAGCUGGAUCUGGGAUCAGUACUCGAGGGACUGGGAAAUCUGCAAGAUGCACUGGGGAACAUUAUUGGUGUUGCAGGCACUGUGUACGAAGGAACAAGUUCCCUGAUGGAGAGUGGUCAAGGGGUCAUGGAGAGUUUGAAGGAGAGAUAUGGAGCCGGCCAGAAGAGACCCUGGUAUGCUGCCAUUCGUGCCGCCUAUGCUCUUGCAGAAGCCGGUCAGUUGAAAGACCUCAACCGUUUGAUCUGCGAGGCUCCCUGUCGUCGUGACCCCUUGUUCCAAUGGGGGAUCUGCCAGUUGUUGGGUGAGGUUGCGAUCGAUCUCAUCUGGCCAGCGACCUCUCGCCAGCAAGCCAAUGAACUACUUGGUCGCCUCUACAAGAGUGACCCAGAGUGGGGUAGAGAUGAAAGUGUCAAGGUGUGGAUGGUGACCAUCAUCGACAAGGUGGGAUCUAUUGCCGACCAGGAGGUUGCCGCCAAUGCUCUAACUCUGAAGCAGGAGCUCGCCUCAGGCGACACUCCUGCAACCCGCCACCCUUACCCAUUGAGGUUUCGUCUGCCGAUCCCAGCCACGUCCCCGAUCCUUGCAAAGGUCCAGGACAUCCCUUACCUCGAGUACGAGCUGUACAAGCUUCGAUUACAGCGACUCCAAGAAUACGAUGAACGAGCGAUUUACGUCCUUCCAGAAGCAAAACCAUCGCUCCUGGCCAAGGAUGAUGAGUUGUUUCCCCUGUUGGAGAAGGUACUGGAGUUUCUUGCCAGUGACUGUCAGGUCAUGCUUAUCCUGGGCGACUCUGGCGCCGGAAAGUCGACAUUCAAUCGAUACUUGGAGCACUUGCUUUGGAAGGAGUACAAGCGAGGUGGGCCAAUCCCACUUUUCAUCAACUUACCCGCCAUCGACGAACCCCAGAACAACAUGGUCGACAAGCAGCUCCAGUUUCUCAACUUUGAUGAGGAUCAGAUCAUGGAGCUCAAACUGCACCGCCAAUUGAUUCUCAUAUGCGACGGAUACGACGAGAGCCAGCAACUCAUCAACUUGCACACGGCUAACUCGCUUAACCAGACCGGACAGUGGGACACCAAGAUGGUCAUCAGCUGCAGAUCCCAGUACCUCGGACGGUCAUACCAGGAUCGUUUCAAGCCUCAGCCUACCGACCGAUAUAAGUGGACCCCUCAGCGUGUCUUCCAGGAAGCCGUCAUUGCUCCCUUCUCCGAGGAGCAGAUCGAGGACUAUAUCGAACAGUAUGUUCCUCUCGAACCAAGAACCUGGAGCACCGAAGACUACAUGGACAAGUUGACUACGAUCCCUAACCUCAUGGAUUUGGUCACGAAUCCGUUCCUCCUCUUACUCGCGCUCGAGGCACUUCCCGAUGUCACCAUGGGCAACCAAGACCUUUCCACAAUCAAGAUUGUCCGUAUCCAACUCUACGACACCUUUGUCAAUCACUGGCUCAAUGUCAACAACCGACGGCUCCAAAGCAACCCCUUAUCCAAGCAGGAUUACGACAUGUUGGGAAUGCUAGAGGAUGCGGGAUUUGAAGCUAUGGGCGUGGACUACUGUACGAGACUGGCAUCGGCGAUGUUUGAGAAACUGGACGGAAAGGCUGUCGUCCAGUAUCUCCACCUCAAGGACAAGACGACGUGGAAAGUCGAGUAUUUCGGUCCGGACCCAGAGGUGCGACUGUUGCGAGAGGCUUCUCCAGUGACCCGUUCAGGAACCCACUUUCAGUUUCUUCACCGGUCGAUGCUGGAGUAUUUCUUUUCCUGUACCGUUGUCCGUUCCAGUACCUCUGUGCCUGUUGACGAAUGCGCUCCCCAAUCGACACCCGACUCUUCCGACGUCCAAUCGCUCGACCCCAUGUGCCCUUUGUUCACGCGCAACCUUCUCGACGAGCCCCCCGUUUUACAGUUCCUCAGCGAGCGAGUGCAGGAGAAUCCUAUCUUCAAGGGCCAGCUCCUCGAGGUCGUCGAGAGGACCAAGACCGAUGUUUCCUUCGUGACCGCGGCAGUCAACGCCAUCUCCAUCCUGGUCAAAGCCGGCGUGACCUUCCAUCGACACGAUUUCCAAGGUAUUCGGAUUCCAGGGGCCGAUCUUUCCGGUGGGCAGUUUGAUUCGGCGCUGUUUCAAGGGGCUGACCUCAGGGGCGCCAAUCUUGGAAUGAGUUGGCUACGCAAGGCGGACUUCAGUAACGCGCUGAUGGAGGGUGUUCGAUUCGGGGAACUGCCGUACUUGGAGGAAGACGACGAUGCUUGGUCAUGUUGCUACUCGCCUGAUGGAAGAAUGCUUGCGGUCGGUCUGCAACGUGGAGGUAUUAGCAUAUACGACACAUUAACCUGGGAAAAAAUCCACUCGCUUGCAGGACAUGACGGCGACAUCAAUUCAUUGGCGUUAUCACCCGACAGUCAGCGGUUGGUAUCUGGAAGUGUGGACAAAGCAGUGCGAGUGUGGGAUUGCGGCAACGGUAAUCUUCUUGCGACCAUGAACGGACACACGCGCAAUGUGUUCUUGGUGGAUUUUUCUCCUUGCGGCAAGAAAGUCGCGUCGGCCAGCGAGGACAAGUCGGUGCGAUUAUGGGACUCGGUGACAGGAGAGCCGCUGUUUGUGUUGGAGGGUCAUAAGGGCGCUGUCAACAGUGUCAAGUUUACACCGGAUGGACGUCGGCUUGUGUCGUGUGGUGACGACAAGACGAUUCGAUUCUGGGAUGUAGAGACAGGAGCGCCAGGGGAUGCUUGGGAGCUGGAUCAUGGACCUGUUAUGUGUCUCGACAUUUCACCUGAUGGUCACCAGCUCGUAUCUGGACAUCGCGGUGGCACUCUGAGGCUUUGGAGCACCGCCUCUGGGUCAGCAGGACCUGACUUAUAUGGCCACGCCAACAAUAUCGUGAGGGUUCUAUUUUCUGCCGAUGGUCAACGGAUCGCUUCAGCUGGCUUUGACUCCACCGUCAAACUUUGGGACGCGUCAUCUGGCGUCCUCGUCUCCGAGUUCAGCUGCAAUAUUAUCCCCAUCGAUAUUUCUUUCUCGUCGAACGGAGAGCAUCUCGCUGUCAUCGAUACUUCCAGCGAGGUUCGUCUGUGGGAUGCGGACUCAAGCGGAUCCGGCCUUGGACUAUAUGGACAUUCCUCUUUAGUCAUGACAGUCGCGUAUCUACCUACUGGACAGUUUAUCUGGUCGGCAAGCUUGGACAAAACCGUUUUAGAGUGGGACGCUCGAACAGGUGCCGUUGGAUCUGCCCAUUCUCUUCCCGUCGAUCCCGUAUUUUCAAUCGCAUUUUCACCGGACAUGAAUCACACGGCGGCUGGGUUCCGUGAUGGGAGUAUCCAAUUGUGGGACCUUGGAACUAGCGAACUUGGACCUACCCUAGAAGGACACACUGGUGAUGUGGUGAGGUUGACGUAUUCACCAUGUGGUCAGUGGAUUGCGUCUGCCAGUAUGGACAAGACUGUUCGGUUGUGGGAGCCGGAGAGUACCGAGCAAGGACAUGUUCUAGCCAACAUGGACUGCGGUAGUCACGGAGCCACCAGUGUGAUAUUCUCGCCGAAAGGACAGCAGCUUGCGGCCGGUGAUGUGGAUGGUACGGUGAAUAUCUUCGACACCCAAUCAAGGACGCUUUUCAGGACAACGACUUUGGAGGAGACUAUUGACGCCUUGGCCUACUCCCCAAACGGCCAAGAGCUUGCUAUUAGCACCAAGGGCCUUUUAUUCUUCUGGGACCUUCAGUCGAAGGAGCCUAACCUCAAACUGGAAGCUGACCCUUCUGGUACUGGCUGCAUCGUUUACUCACCCUGCGGGAGAUGGAUCGCCUGUGGAAGUUACGGUAACACCGUCCAAAUUUACGGUCGCCACUCUAGUGGUAUGGGGGCCAAGUGUGUUGUUGCUGUUGUCGAUGGAUUCCUUCGCCGCGUUACCGAUAUCGCCUGGAGCCCCGUUGAGCCGCUGGAGUUUGUCACUAGUAGUAAUGAUCGGUCUGUUCGUGUUUGGCGGAUGUCGAAGAGCAGUGACAGUGAUGGUGGAGUGUCUGUUGACCUGAUCUGGGGAUCCGACAUCGGUAUGCUUGGCACGUUCGGCAUGAUACUCGAGGGCGCUACUGGUAUUAAUGCCAUCAACCGGAAACUGCUGCUUCAGCGGGACGCCAUCGAUACAUUGGCCUCAGGGGCAAAUGAGGCGGAAGUAGGUACCUAUGGCGAGUGA